AUGCCCUCGACAACUUCUCUGCUCUUCCUCCUUCUCAUAUGCCUGGUCCUCGCCAGCCCAGUCGCAGCGUUUGGCGCUGGCGAGGUGCCGCCAGGCAGCGAGUUCAAGGGCUAUGUCUGGCGCCACGGCGACCUGGCCGAGGUGCUGAAGUUCCUGCCGACCAGCUUCAUCACCGGCUACAGGUUCACCAAGCUGCAGCGCAAGCAGAUCUACUUUGGCAACUGGCUGCGCGACUUUUCGCAGGUCAUCGACACUACAUGCCUCGAGAACGUCCCCGAGCCCAUCCUGCGCGCAAUCGUCUCCGUCAUGGCCUUCAUGGAGUUUGGCUUUGCCACCGAUGAGUUCGACGUCACGCGUGAGCGCCUCGGCUGCUACACGCACGUGGAACAUAUCGAUAAUCCCUGUGGCUACCCCGAGGAUGCAAAGAAAAUUGACGCGCGCCUGCGUGGUCCGGUGGAUCCGAGGGAGCUAGAAAUCGACCCUGAGACAGGCAUGAAGAAUUACAUCGCCAACUCCGGGAACGGGUGGGAUACGUCGGCCGACUACCUCCGCGGGCAACUGCUUGAAUGCGUCGAACUUGGGCGGAAAGGACGGGCUCAGCACGAAACAGAGGCGAGAAAGGAUGCGUUUCGCCGGCUGGGUGCUGCCUUGCACACGCUGGAGGAUUUCUCUGCACACAGCAACUUCAUCGAGCUGUGUCUGCAUGAGCUCGGCGAAGACGGCAUUUUUCCCUUCGUCGGCGACGCUUGCCGGAUCACGAUCCCCGACGGCGCCAGAGCAGGAAAGGUUGUCGCACCUCUAACUACUGGGACUUUUGGCAUGUUGGACAUCUUCCACUCUUUGCUGGGAGAAGCCGACGACAAGGCAGUUCUGCAGUCCAAGGGCUCCCUGGGAGAGCUGGCGAGUAAACUCAACCGUGGCGGGUUGGCCUUUGAUCGCCUCUUCCAGCUUAUUAAGACUGGGAUUGGAAGGCUGAGCCAGAUCCAACCAGACAUCGACCCGCUCUUGCGACAACUCCAGACCGUCCAGGAGAUAUUCAAGAAGCAUACGCCUGACGACAAGGAGCUCCCGACCCCUAGUGACCUGCCCGAUGCCAAUCUCUUGUGGAAGACGAUCGAGCCCGUCAUCUAUCUCCACGACGCUGUCUCCAAGUACUUGCAAGCCGGCCAGGAAGACGAGGAGGAGUCGACACAAGACUACUCCCACGGCCAGCUGGGCGAGUACACCAACCAGCUUGUAUUCAGGUACCUGGCAGUGAUGAUAGAGUCGUCCGUCAUGGAGCUGCGCAAUGCUGUCAAGGCAGCCCGCGACCGCGUCGACGAGGAGGCCGCCAAGUGCGACUCCGCGAAAGUCUUCAAGGACGGCAGCUCGGCGUCCGACCCGAGCCACUCAGAUCUCUCCAAGGAUCAUUUCAGCAACGUGCUCAACCAGCCCGGCGGGCUGGUUGCGACAGUGACGACCAACUGGACCACUCAACAAAUCGUAAAAUGCUGGGAUGACCCAGACAUCGAUGCAGAACUGGUCAUCGACAAGGUCCUCUCCAUCCUACACCAUCCAUCUUUUCCCGACAACAAGACCCCGAUACAACAGUACAUGUUCGACACGGUCAAGGCUUGGUGGGAUACCACGCCGUCGGAUGAAAAGGACCGCAUCCGCGGGAAGCUCACCAAGGGGAGUGUGCGCGAGCGCCAGCACGAGGACCACAACCUGACCCUUCGCGACUUCGAGAACAAGCACAAGGGGCCAGCCGACUUCCCCGGCGCCUGGCCCGAGGUCAAGCAGCCACCCCGCAAGGCUUCUCUCAUCCAGGCCGGCGUCAACGACGCCAUCGCCGACUUCAACUGGGCCCUGGCCGUCACGCAGAAGGCCCGGACGGACCCCCGGGGUGCGGGGCGGGACGUGUGGAACGCACACGCCUCGCCGGCGCCGCACUGGGCGUCGGACGUGCACACGGCCGUCGAGGUGCCGCACUUGCCGCACGAGCUGCACACCGACGUGCCGUUGACGUCGGCGUGGCACGCGCUGAACCCGGUCGCCGAGCUCGGGUUGCACCCGUUGAAGGUGUUUGCCGCGGCGGGGGUGUUGAAGUUGUACGACUGCAGGUCCACGCCGCAGACCUUGUUCGGGGCCGCCGAGGGGCUGGGGACGACGGAGGAGGUGGAGAGGCUGCUUGUGGGCAGGUCGCUGGAUGUUGGGGAGAGGGUUAUGGUGGACUGGCUUGAGGAUGGGGUGCUUGAGGGGAGGGUGCUGGAGGUGGAGAGGAUGUCGGAUGACAGGCUUGAUACUGUGGAUGAGAGGCCGGAAAUUGUGGAAGAGAGGCUCGGCAUAGUGGAUGAGAGACUAGGGACAGUCGAGGACAGGCUGGGAAUAGUCGACGACGAGAUAGGAACAGAUGAGGACGAGCUAACAACAACAGACGAUGUCAGGGAGCUGGCGUCGCUCGAGGACGACAGCGCCGGCGUGGUGGUGCUGACGGCCGAAAGCGAUGGCGAGGACACGACGCUUGAGGCCUGUGACGAGCUCGGCACAAUGGAACUUUCUGGGGCGGAUGAGCUUGCAGCUGCGCUCGACGAGCUCGAAGCAACCGAGCUAGGACUGGCCACCGACGGAAGAGCAGAAGAAGCCGAUGACGAUGCGGUGUUGGAGAGGAUGGACGAGACGAUGGAGCUGAUGCUGGACAGCUCUGCGCUGUUUGUCACGGUGCUGACGGGCACGAACGACGAGCUCACGCUCAGCACAGAGGUGAUGACGGACGAUGAAGCCGGAGUCGUCGCAGUGGAUGACAGGUGGGGCGUAGUGCUCGUCGUCGUGGGCUUGCUGGUGGUGGUCGAGGUUGUGCUUGCCACAAAGCCCUUGCUCGUGGACGUGACGGUGGCUCCCUUGACCGUCACGGUCGUAGGAAGAGUGACCCUGGCUGUGGACACCGUCACCGCCGUCUUGCCUGUGACGGUAGUGGUGACCGUCGGCGCGGUCCAGACGGACGAGAAGCACGAGCAAGCAGCGGAUACCGCUGGGAUGGCCAGGCCAACACGAGCUGCCGAGGCAAAGACUGCAAAAUCAAGCAGGGCGCGGUCCUCGAGUAUGGCCCGCUCGUCCAACUCGUGGACAUGUUCGCUGCGGUAG